GUGGAGAGGCAGGUUGGGAGGGGAAGUUGGGGGAGGAGGCGGAAGAGUUGCUGUCGGAAGGGGGAGGAGGGAGGGAGGAAAAGAGGAGGAGGCGGUGGAGAUCUGAGCUGAGCCGAGCAUCGAGCCAAAGGGGAGAUGAGUUUGUCUGUCCUCGGCUGAGGCUCCGGCCGGGCCUAGGGAACUGGGAGCUCGGGUUGGAGCGACACCCGUGGAAGUGGGAGGAGGUGGCUCUGGGACUUUAACCCCUUGUGGGCUCUGCGGCAGGGGAUUUAACCCUUUGUGGAUUCGGCCCCUCGGAGGCAGCGUCAUCGGGUAGUUUUAACCCCUUCGGGGCUGGGUUUAACCCGUUGGACUUUAACCUCAUCUCCUUUUCCCACCAACUCCUCGAUCGUGGGGGCGCUCUGCGGGGAGGCUUGAGGUCCACCUCCUUUGCACAUUACGUACUGUUACUGCUGCUGCACCCCCUUGGACCCGCUAUCUGGCCGCGCUGUGGGCACUUAACCCUUUACUGACUUGAGCUCUCCCAAGUUGCAUUUGGAGUUUGUUUACAGAAGGACCUGCUAAAGGCGUCACUGCAGGAAUUACAGACCGAAGAGGACUCUGCUGGACAUUUUUUAAAAGCAAAGAAAAACCUCUUUUUUCAUUAAGGACUUACAGCCAAAAUUUUUCAAACUUCGAGAAGAGGACUCUAUUAGCCAUGGCCGAGCCACUCUUGUCAGAAUACCAGCACCAGCCUCAAACUAGCAACUGUACAGGUGCUGUUGCUGUUCAUGAUGAGCGGAACCCCGAUCGCCCCCCAGGCGCGGAGGAGCGGGUGCCCGAGGAGGACAGUAGGUGGCAAUCGAGAGCGUCCCCCCAGUCGGGUGGCCGUCCGGGGCAGGAGGGGGAAGGGAGCUUGGAGCCGCAGCCGCCUCCCCUUCAGAACCCCGUCUGUCCAGAACCUAGCUGCCCGCAAGCAGGCAAGAAGGGCCAGAAUGGGGACGACUUGUCCGCUGGCGGAGCCCCCCCGCCGGGGGCUGGGGGGGAACCGAGGCCCGAGGCCGAGCCUCUCGCACAGCCAUGUCAUGAUUCCGAGGCCAACAAGUUGGGGGCUCCUGCUGCAGGGGGCGAGGAGGCGUGGGGACAGCAGCAGAGACAGCUGGGCAAGAAAAAACAUAGGAGACGCCCCUCCAAGAAGAAGCGGCAUUGGAAACCGUACUACAAGCUGACUUGGGAGGAGAAGAAAAAGUUCGACGAAAAACAGAGCCUGCGAGCUUCAAGGAUUCGAGCUGAGAUGUUCGCCAAGGGCCAGCCUGUCGCACCCUAUAACACCACGCAGUUCCUCAUGGAUGACCACGACCAGGAGGAGCCGGAUCUCAAAACCGGUCUCUACCCCAAGCGGGCCGCUGCCAAAUCCGACGACACCAGCGAUGAGGACUUCAUGGAAGAAGCGGGCGAGGAGGAUGGGGGCAGCGACGGGAUGGGAGGAGACGGCAGCGAGUUUCUGCAGCGGGACUUCUCGGAGACCUACGAGCGGUACCACGCGGAGAGUCUGCAGAACAUGAGCAAGCAGGAGCUCAUCAAGGAGUACUUGGAGCUGGAGAAGUGCCUCUCGCGCAUGGAGGACGAGAAUAACCGGCUGCGGCUGGAAAGCAAGCGGCUGGGCGGCGACGACGCGCGUGUGCGGGAGCUGGAGCUAGAGCUGGACCGGCUGCGCGCCGAGAACCUCCAGCUGCUGACGGAGAACGAACUGCACCGGCAGCAGGAGCGAGCGCCGCUGUCCAAGUUUGGAGACUAGACUGAAACUUUUUGGGGGGAGGGGGCAAAGGGGACUUUUUACAGUGAUGGAAUGUAACAUUAUACACAUGUGUAUAUAAGACAGUGGACCUUUUUAUGACAAUAAUCAGAAGAGAAAAUCCCCCCGGCUUUGGUUGGUUUGGUAAAUUUAGCUAUGAUGUAGCUUGUGUGCUUUUCUCCUGUUCUUUAAUUAUGUGAAACUGAAGGGUUGCUUUUCUUGUUUUCUUUUUAGAAGUUUUUUUUUUUUUUUAACGUGUAAGUAACUUGACCAAGUUAUAAUGCAUUUUUCUGUUAAAAAAUCCCCUCCUUAAACGGAGCUAUAAGGUGGCCAAAUCUGAGAACCAUUAAAUUCAUUCUAGGUAUAAUAAAUUUAAUAUUUGUAAAUGUAA